AUGGCUUCCAAAAGAAUUCCAUCAGCAGUUCACAACCCAGUUACUCAGCUUGAUGCUAAUGCCAAAGUUAAGGAACUUAUAAAGCUAGAUGAAAAGAGAUGGGACAUGAAGGAGCUUGUUGAGCAACUGUUUGAUAAAGAUGAAGCAGACAUCAUUGUUCAAAUACCUAUCAGCUCAUCCUCUAGCUCUGGUAAGAUGAUAUGGAAAGGAACCUCUUCAGGUAUAUUCACAGUCAGAAGUGCCUAUUAUAUGCAUAAAGAGAGGAGUCAAGCGAUUAAAGGACAAGCCUCAAGUAGUCAUGACUUCAAGAAGACUUGGAAAUUUCUUUGGCAUUUGCAAGUCACUCCAGGUGACAGAGUUUUUAUGUGGAGGACAUGUUUAAAUGCACUGCCAACACAAUCUAAUCUUUUUAAGAGGAAGAUUGUAGAUCAUCCUAAAUGCUCCAUCUGCAAUCUUGAAGAAGAGACAGCAACACAUGCUUUGUGGGAAUGUGAAUCAACAAGGGAUGUUUGGAGUCAAUGUUUAAAGAGUCUACAGAAAAGCCAUUUCUCAAAGAUGAAUAUGUUAGAAAUUUUCGAGGCUAUUGCAGGAAUUAUGGAUACAGAUUGUCUUCAGGAAUUUGCCAUGGUAGCAAAGCAGAUUUGGUGGAGGAGGAAUGAGUUUAUUUUUAACCAAGUGUUCAGACAUCCAAAUACAGUAGUCAGUGCAGCCUCUCAGAAUUUGAAAAUGUUGAAAGAAAUGGAGGGUCAGAGAAGUUCUUCAGUACCUACCAAUAGCAGCAUUACUGAAUGGCAAGCUCCUCCCAUGCAUUUUCACAAGCUAAAUUGGGAUGUAGUAGUAGACAAAACAAGAGCUAGAGUGGGAAUUGACAUAGUAGUCAGAAACUUUGAAGGGAAAAUAAUUGCUAUAAUGAGAAGGAACCAAUGCAUGUUUCCUCUUCCUUCUUUGACUGAAGCAUAUGGGGCAUUGCAAGUAGUUAGCUUUGCACUAGAAUUGGGACUAACCAAGGUUAUUAUCGAAGGGGACUCUUUACAAACAGUCCAAGCUUUGAAAAAAGAUGAGGAUCAACUGACCUGUUUUGGCAUGUUUGUCUCUUAA